CCUAUCCAAGAAAGAAGACUAAAUCUGAUUACUUUCAUAUACCUUAUAUAGUUUUGUUUUUUUCUUCCAACCCUCACUAUUUAUAUCCACUCCCCCUUCCUCCUUUUUCACCAACUUCAAUUCUCCUUCUUCCCUUUGAUCUUUGAAGCAACUUACUGAACUAAUGGAGCACGGUAACAUCACCUAUUUGAAGGAUUUGGAUUUGGCUCGCCGUGAUUACACUGUGAAGGUUCGUGUACUCCGUUUAUGGAAGCAACCGAUGUAUAACAAUCCAGAGCAGUUUUACUCAAUCGAAAUGAUCGUUGUUGAUGAAGAGGGAACCACCAUGCAAGCCAAUGUUCUCCGAAGAUGGUUUCCGAGAUUUGAACAACUUUUGAAUGAAUCAGAUUGCUAUUUCAUUGUCAAACCCACUAUUGGUUUAAAUGAGUCCAAGUACAAGUAUGUGGACAACAAAAACAAGCUGGGAAUCUACUGUGAUACCGAUGUGUAUCCAUGUAAGGAUUUCAAUGGUCCCAUCUAUGGGUUCUCAUUCACAUCCUUUAAGGAUAUCAUUGACAAAACUGUUCCAGAAAACAAAUCUAUAGUUGUAUAUACGGUGGAGUUUCAAAAGCGCGGCUUGCCUCAUGCUCAUUUGUGCUUAUUUAUGCAUGCCGACCACAAACUUCCAACCGUUGAUUAUAUCGAUCCAUUCAUUUCUGCCGAAAUACCUGACAAAGACAAAGAACCAGAGUUAUAUUUUCUUGUAAGUGAGUUCAUGAUUCAUGGUCCUUGUGGUGUUCAAAAUAUGAAUUGUCCCUGCAUGAUUGACGGAAAGUGUUCCAAAAAUUUUCCCAAAAAAUUUCGUGAAUCUACAUGCAUAGAUGGUGAUGGUUUUCCCGUUUAUAGAAGACGUAACAACGGUGUUUUUAUUGAGAAGUCAGAUGUCAAGUUAGAUAACCGCAGUGUUGUGCCAUACAAUAAAAUUCUUUUACAAAGAUAUCAAGCACACAUCAAUGUUGAGUGGUGCAAUCAGGCCGGAUCAAUAAAAUAUUUGUUUAAAUAUAUAAAUAAAGGUCAUGAUAGGGCAUCAAUUUGUUUUGUACCAAGUAAAGAAGCAAAUGAUCAAGAAAAGACGGUUGAUGAAAUCAAAGACUACUAUAGUUGUAGAUACAUAUCUGCUUGUGAAGCGUCUUGGCGGAUUUUUUCUUAUGAUAUACAUUAUAGGAAUCCUUCUGUCAUUAGGCUUCCUUUUCAUCUUCCAGGACAACAACAUGUUAUCUAUGAAGAAUUUGAAGAAAUAGAAGAUGUGUUAGAUAAACCGUCAGUGAAUGCUUCAAUGUUUUUACAGUGGUUUGUUUGUAAUGAAAAAUACCAUGCGGCACGUCAACUUACUUAUGUCGAAUUCCCAACAAAAUUUGUAUGGAAGAUCAACAAACGUAAGUGGAAACCAAGGAAAAGAGGGUUUUCAAUUGGCAGAAUUCAUUCGGUUUCUCCUUCAGUCGGUGAAGCUUAUUAUUUGAGGAUUUUGUUGAACAAGGUGAAAGGUCCAAGAAAUUUUGAGGAUAUUAGAACCGUAAAUGAUGUUGAGUAUCCUACUUUUAGAGAUGCAUGUUAUGCAUAUGGCCUUUUGGAUGAUGACAAUGAAUAUGUUGAAGCAAUUAUAGAAGCCAGUUUCACCGGAUCGGGUUAUUAUUUAAGAAGUUUGUUUUGUACAAUGUUAAUGUCCGAGAGUAUGUCUAGACCUGAAUUUGUGUGGGAAAAAACUUUCACUUACUUAUCAGAUGACAUUCUCUACAAGCAACGUCGUAUUUUAAAACAUCCAGGUUUGGUACUUAACGAAGAUCAAAUUAAGAACCUAACAUUGUUUGAGAUCCAAAAGUUUUUACUUCGAAAUAAUUCCACUCUUAAAAGGUAUUCCAGUAUGCCUUUUCCUAAUCAUGAUUGUAUAUCUUCCGCAAACAAUCUUUUACUUAGUGAAGAGUUGGCUUAUGACAAGGAGAUAUUAGCUGAAGAGUUUCGUAACCUUUUCUCUUCAUUAACUCAUGAACAACGGGUUAUAUAUGAAGAAAUCAUCACAGCGGUGGAUAACAACAAAGGAGGGGUUUUUUUUGUUUAUGGUUACGGUGGAACUGGAAAAACAUAUCUUUGGAAGACUUUAUGUGCAUCUAUAAGAUCAGAAGGGAAAAUUGUUUUAAGUGUGGCUUCCAGUGGAAUUGCAUCUCUUUUGCUAUCAGGAGGGAGGACUGCUCACUCUCGGUUCCACAUUCCUAUCAAUUUAGAUGAGGAUUCUUUUUGUUUCAUUAAGCCAGAUAGCGAUCUUGCACGUUUAUUACAAGAAACAUCACUUAUUAUUUGGGACGAAGCACCAAUGGUACAUAAACAUGGAUUUGAAGCUUUGGACAGAUCGUUAAAAGACCUUUUUAGAUCUGUAUCUGGAGCAUCAUCAGAAUUACCAUUUGGUGGGAAAGUUAUAGUUUUUGGAGGAGACUUCCGACAAAUACUACCUGUGGUGCCAGGAGGAAGCAGACAACAAAUUGUAAAUGCUUCUUUAAGUUCUUCUUAUAUUUGGAGAACUUGCAAAGUCCUAAAAUUGACCAAAAAUUUGAGGUUGAGUACCUCAAAUGAUCCAUCUGAAAUACAAGAAACUACCAACUUUGCAAACUGGCUUUUGGAUAUAGGGGAAGGUAAUGUCGGUGGUGUGAAUGACGGCAAUGCAAUUUUACAAAUACCCGAAGAUCUUCUCAUCAAACAUUCGUCUGAUCCCAUUUCAGAGUUAAUCGAGUUUGUAUAUCCUUCUCUUAUAUAUAAUUUCAAUGAACAAAAUUACUUCCAUCAAAGAGCCAUUCUAGCUCCAACAAAUGAUGUUGUUCAAGAAAUUAACGAUCGUAUGCUGUCACUUUUUCCGGGAGUUGAGAAUGAAUAUUUAAGCUCAGAUAGUAUCUGUCCAACAGAAAUGCUUAAUGAGAAUUUAGAUGAUACAUUAUGCUCACCGGAUAUUCUUAAUGGAAUUAAAGCUUCUGGUUUGCCGAAUCAUAGGUUAGUUUUCAAGGUAGGUGUUCCGGUCAUGCUUCUUAGAAAUAUUGACCAAAAAAGUGGUUUGUGUAACGGAACAAGAUUAAAGGUGGUCUCUUUGGGUAAACGUGUUAUACAGGUAGAGAUUAUCUCUGGAAGUCACAUUGGCGAUCGUCAUUAUAUUCCUAGAAUUACGUUGAUACCUACAGACAAAAAACUUCACAUUAAGUUACAAAGAAGACAAUUUCCACUUGCGGUAUCUUUUGCAAUGACCAUAAACAAAAGUCAAGGACAAUCACUCUCUAGAGUUGGUUUGUUUUUGAAAAAUCCAGUUUUCACACAUGGUCAAUUGUAUGUUGCAUUAUCAAGAGUUACCCGACGAGAUGGCCUCAAAAUUGUUAUUCUAGAUAGUGAUGGAAAUCUUUCUGAUACAACGUCAAAUGUCGUAUACAAAGAAGUUUUUAGAAAUUUGUAA